AUGUCCAACGAUCAAAAAUGGAUCAAAUCAUUGCCGCUGGAUCUACAAAAUCAAGUUAAUGCACUUGUUGAAGCUCACCCUCCGAGUUUGACAGUGAUACAUAAACUAUGUGAAUAUUUCAAAACUAACGCUAGUGAGCAUGAAGAUAAAAGAAGAAAACUAAGUUCAGAUCCAGAGAUAAAAUCUGAAGGACAUGUUCCAGAAGCAUUAUCGGGUCCUAAAUCAGAAGUUCCGGGGCAAAUCCAUGAACAAGAAAUAAUCUUUGAGUUACCCCAAAUUUCAUUCCAAUCACCAAUUAGAAAGAAGUUGAACUUGAUAUUCCACUUGUUGGUUGAGCCUGGUCAAUCUCCUAAGCCCGUAAUGCUGCUUGCAUUACCAACUACAUACGUUCCUGAGAUUUCAAUUCAUAAUUUAGCGAGUCUGAUAAGAUUAUGUGUAUUAUUGCCAAUAUUGGGAAAUUCAACCAACAAUACUAAGCGUAACAUAGGUUUAUUGUGUUUCUGGAUACAUGAUGAUGCUGCCUCAGAUCCUAAUAAGAACGACCCGAUUAUUUGUCAGGUUAACUUUGAUCAGGUGAAGAAGCAAUUAAUAAAAGCUGGCAAAAUCCCAGCAGAAGCCGAAACGCAGCUCAAGGAAAUGAACGAGAGUAAUCAAAGUCAAGACGGAAUCAAGGCCAUAAACGAGGCUAUUAUUAACUUUUUGCAAAAACAAUUCCAAUUGUGUGGUAUUCAUAUGAUAAACUAUUUACCGUCCUCCAGUGCAACGAAGAAUAAAUUAACUAUCAACACAGAUGCCGGGGUUGCAGUAUCGCUGAACGCUAACCUGGUUAAUGACUUGGUUAUGGUCGAGGCAUAUAAAGGUGCCAGAGAUGGGGCUGUAUUGAUGCUAACUGCCAAUGAGUAUAACCAACCAUAUAUCAUAUUUGGAUUUAAAAAACCAAUAUUGAUCUUUGAUAUAUCGAAAGUGCAGCAUGUCUCGUAUAGUAACAUCACUAGACUUACGUACAGUAUGAUUGUGACUGUUGUAAAUGAGAAAAAGGAUUCAAAGGUUGAGACGUUAGAAUUCGGGAUGAUUGAUCAGAAAUACUUUCAAAUCAUGGACGAGUUUAUCAAAAGCCAAGGCAUCAAUGAUAAUUCGUUUGAUGAAGACUUAAGGGAGAAGGUCACAACAAACGCGAAUUCUGGCGAAGGUGAACAGGCAAGCGAACAGGCUGCACCUGCGGAUAGUGAUGACGAGGAGGAGGACGGUACUUUCCAAGUUGGCCAAGAAGAAGAAGGCGAAAGCAGUGUUGACGAAGAAUACGACAGUAACGCUGGCAGUGAUGGUGAUAGCGAUGUUGGCGAAGAGGAAGAUGAUACCAACGAGAAUAACGAAGGUGCUAACCCUGCAGCAUCUACUGAAGCUGAUGACGUUGUCACCCAGAGCAAGGAAGAGGACGACGAACAAUAA